ACCCAGAGGAUUAAACCCUGGAACGAGCAGAAAUGCUGUCAGGGGCAAUUAGGUAGCACCUUGUCAGAGGAGGGAACAGAGGAAGUGUGUGGAAGAACAUCUUGUUCCUCAACAGCCUUCGCAUCCACAGUCAUCAGCUCUCGCCCAGGAGCAGCAUCCCAGUGCCGGUGGCAGCAGAAGAGCUCUGGAAGCCCAGGAAGCCCUGAGAGGAGGCAGCACAGCACUUGCAGAGGUCUAGAGAAGGGGACUCAGUCUCAUCAAACGUUUGUCAAGUCAUCUGUUUGGUGUGGCACCAAGGACUAUCCAAGUACUCAGAGAGAGGGAUUUGAGAGAGUCUUGUGCCUGCCACACACCACAGCCCAGUGAUGAGUGAGAACACAGCCACCAACCUCAACACUGGAGAUGCUCCAACUGGUCCCACUACACCACGCAAGGGGCCUCCCAAGUUCAAGCAGAGACAGACAAGGCAGUUCAAGAGCAAGCCUCCCAAAAAAGGAGUAAAAGGGUUUGGAGAUGACAUCCCAGGCAUGGAGGGACUGGGCACAGAUAUCACCGUGAUUUGCCCAUGGGAAGCUUUCAGCCAUCUGGAACUACACGAGCUGGCCCAGUUUGGGAUCAUCUAAGGUGCCAGCAUCUCUACACAUGUCACCUGGUGACUCCACAGAUCCCAGCAUGGUCUUCAUCACCUUUGACACUUAUUUUUGGCCCUUACAUCUACCUGCUCAUGGGCAGGGUGGUUUUGUAAGAGCUAGUUAUGAGAAAGUCCUUUGCAGAUUAAUUUGGAAAAGAAGAUAUUCAGGACCCUGAGCAGACCUCACGCUCCAUGUGAUGAAACUACAGAAAAAUGUCUUAAUGUGUCCCUGCACCAUAUCCUGUCUUCUCCCACUGUUGUAGAUCUCCAUGUGUAUGGAGAUAAGGAGAAACUGGUUUUGAAUUUUUCCCCUGGUUAACUUUUCCUCUGGUUAGGUGAGAUACUGUUUGCAUGGAUGUGCAUGUUUGUCCAGAUUUAAUUAUAUCAAGCCUAUUCUGUUUUCUUCCUUCUGUCUCUGACAGUUUUCUAUAUAAGAUUUUUGUGGGUAUGUCCCCAGGUUAUCAGGGCCACCAAUUAGUUGCUGAGAGUGUAUCUGUAGAAAAUAGGAUGAGUCACCAGUCCAGACAUUAGACUACUUUUAUGUAGGAUACCCUUCCUCAGAGGAACAUUCAGCUCAUCAGUGAGAGGAGGGAAAAGCAUGCAAAUGUUGUCUCUGCUGUACUGCCCACCAGCUAUGAGCCAUGAGACUCUGGCUAUUCUAAUAAUCUUAAUUGAGAAUGUGUGUGUCUGAGAUCAAUAGCUAAGUGAAUUAAUCCUACUGUUCAUUGCUUUUGUGCUCCUGAGUGGUUGCAACUCCAAAGCAGCAGCACUCCAGAUGACAUUGUGCUGCUGCUUCUUCGAUGGGAGACCCCUCUGUGAUACUUGCACUGUGGCCAGGCUCAUACCUUUUUACAUGAGGCAUUAGCUCCCCAGGAAAUGUGUGCUGCCAGAUAAGAAGACAGAAAAUCAUUAUGAUCUGUCAGCAGACUGUGUCAGUAGUCCCGCCUCAUCUAGCAGAAGAUGGUAUUGCAUUAGUUGCUCCCUCUUCCCUGUAUUUAGCAUGAGGCAAGUCUCUCUUCCCACCUUCCCCCAUCAGCAGGAAGGCUUUUCUUUUCACCUCCCUGGCAACCUCAAGCUCUGGAGCUUGUCUGUAGCAGCAGGCAAAUGGUGGUUCCCCAGAGAGAGAUAAUAACAGAGGAGGUGGGGAGGCAGGGGGAGGUUGGCAUGUGUAGAUGCAGGCAGGCACGCAGCAGAUCCAUUUAACCCGAUCGAUAAGUGUCUCCUGGUCUCUGGCAGCCUGAGUGCUGGUGAGAGGGGAGUCACUCAUAGCCACUUAAAUGCUCGGGGAAGGCACCGAGAUUCCCUGCUGCCCUGGCAUUAAGGAAGGGCUUUUAUUUUAUUUGGAGGCAAGGAGUGAGCUUUGUUGUAGCUACAUAAUAUUCAUAAGAGGAGACGGCAUUUUUAGUCAUUGCCUUCAGCUUGAUGAACCUCAUUGCAUAAGAACUACCUCCCCCUAGCUUAUCUUUCCCAUGCUGAACAUGUGCAUAGGAGCAAAGAGUGGUUGUGGAGAGGAGAGAAAAUCCUGCCUAAAAGAUCAAUCCCAACAUUUAAAGCAUUGCUAUAAAUCCAUAGUUGUGCUAUAGUUAUCUGCUACUGUUAUUCCAGAAAUAAAAGCUAGCAGAUUUCAUUUAAAAUACAGCUUCAGCACCAAAAGCUAAAGGAAACUUCUGCUGGCAGUCCAGCAUACAGCUUUUAUUAUUCAGCACUCCUGCCAUUAGAAACAGCAGUAAAGCAAUGAGUAGUUCAGAACCACAACACAAUCACAGCACAGGAGUCAUGUACUAUUUAGCUAAUUGCAGCACACAGCUAUUUCCUUGGGCAGAUGCAAUCUGUCUUUUCCACUUACUCGUGGUUUCUCCAGCCUUUCUUACCUUUUAAGGCUUUUCUUCUUUCCCUAAGUGUUCUUUAUGUAAAUGACAUUUUAUUUAGCUUUGACUGUAGGGAACUGAUUUCAUUUUUUUUGAAGCUCAUGUGCUAGCCCUCUCCUUCUGUGGUUAAAUAUGAACGUUCCCAUGUCAAUGCUCUUGUGCUUUCCCUCAUGUUACACCACCCUGUAGUAUGUGAUCUUUAUUUCACCUUCUCAGUCUGUCCUCUUCUAUCUGGGAAAAGACCCAUUGGAUCCAGUUUUGGAUCCUGCAAGCUGGCUGCCUCUAUUAUCAUUGUAUUUUCCUUUUUUUUUUUUGAGCAGGAGAACAACAGGAGGAGAACCUUUGAAUUAGUACUUUCAUUCACUAUUCAUCCCAGGCCUUGGGAAAACAGUCCAAAGAUAGUGAGGUCCUCUGUCAGAAAAUCUUGGUGUAAAAGCAAGUUCUCCUUAGUCCAGGGACUGAAGCAUUUCAGCAAACAGAUGGGUCCUGGUGUAGUUCUGCCAUAAUCCCAGCUCCAGUAAUUCUCUGAUGAGACAACUACUCCAUUCUCCUUCCUAGAGGAAUCCAACACAUGUACCCUAGCUCUCAUGUCUGGCUGAUACGCUGUGUCAGAAGGUGUUUUGAGUCAACACAGUUUGUUACUUAUUUUUAAAAUAAUUUCUAUUCAUUAAUAGGGAUUACAUUCAUUCCUUUACUUGUAAGGAAUUUUGAGACUUAGAAAAGGAGUAUUAAAACAUCCUCACAAUUGUUUUGUCUGAGGUUCUGAGUUUUUUCUAAUGAGCUAUAACCCCUGAAACUUCCACUAUUCAAACAGUGAGAGACGGCUAUGGUGCAAGAAAGCAAAUGUGUUAAAGUAGCUUGUUGAAGGACUUCAGCCUACAGAUAUUGUAAUAUGUUAUUCUUUGUUCUUUUACUAUAAAAACAAGUUAAAACCAAUAAAAACUAAUUUUAAAAAGUU